AUGUCAAAGGGAAAAGCGAACCACCUGGAGGACAUCUCCCGCACCAUGGUACAGGCCGUGAAUGGGAGAGACUUCUCUCCUGAAUCAGAGAUGUGGUCACACAUGUCGAACCGCUUCAGAGGCGACCUUGAGCAGUACAGAGCCCUUGGCAAAACCCAUGCGAAGGUCGGUCCAACGGAGCUGGAAGAACAUUUCGACACCUUCCGCAAAAUCAUCAAGGACUACCCAGAGUAUCCUCAGAAGGACCCCCCUGCUGGAGACGCAAGUUGA